AGCGGCGGCACCGGGAGCGGCACCGGGAGCAUGGCCGGCCAGCAGCCAGCCCCGCACCUCCACCUGGCCGAGCUCACCGCCUCGCAGUUCCUCGACGUCUGGAAACACUUCGACGCCGACGGGAAUGGCUACAUCGAAGGCAAAGAGCUGGAGCACUUCUUCCAGGAGCUGGAAAGCGCUCGGAAGGGGGCUGGCGUGGACUCCAAGAAGGACAACUUUGGCGAGAAGAUGAAGGAGUUCAUGCACAAGUACGACAAAAACGCGGACGGCAAGAUCGAGAUGGCGGAGCUGGCUCAGAUCCUGCCCACGGAGGAGAACUUCCUGCUGUGCUUCCGCCAGCACGUCGGCUCCAGCUCGGAGUUCAUGGAGGCCUGGCGGAAGUACGACACGGACCGCAGCGGCUACAUCGAAGCCAACGAGCUCAAGGGCUUCUUGUCGGACCUGUUGAAGAAGGCGAACCGGCCCUACGACGAACCCAAACUGCAGGAGUACACGCAGACCAUCCUGCGGAUGUUCGACAUGAACGGAGACGGGAAGCUGGGCCUCUCGGAGAUGUCCCGACUUUUGCCUGUGCAAGAAAAUUUCCUUCUUAAGUUUCAGGGAAUGAAGUUGUCGUCGGAGGAAUUCAAUGCUAUCUUUGCCUUUUAUGAUAAGGAUGGGAGCGGCUUCAUUGACGAGAACGAGCUGGACGCGCUUUUGAAAGACCUGUACGAGAAGAACAAGAAAGAGAUGAACAUCCAGCAACUCACCAACUACAGAAAGAGCAUCAUGAACCUCUCCGACGGGGGCAAACUCUACCGCAAGGAACUGGAAAUUGUGCUCUGCAACGAGCCCCCCAUGUAGGGUCCCCUGCGUCCUCCUCCUCCCUGGUCCCCCCCCUUCGCCCCCAUCACUGCGCCGAAAGAGAGCACAAAGAGGGGAAGCAAUCGCCGUCGCGGCGCCGGCCGGGAGCUCUGCGCCCACCUCGCUGUGCCCCCCGCCGGCGUUCGCCCGCCCGCUUCUGCCUGGGGCCCGGCCCCUGCCCGCCGCGGGGAGGGGGGGUGCGCUGCAUGGCCUGUCCGCCCGCAGCCCCUUCGUCACUGUUACGCGUUGCAUAGGGCGCUAGUGCAGCUCUUCUUGGGCUUCCUCCUCUCUCCCGAGUUUGCUGUAGUUUGUUUUCCUGUUAAAAUCCUUGCUGCUGGAGUGAACUCUUAUUUUCCCCAUAGGGCUGGUUGUUUUUUUUUGGGGGGGGGGGAGGGUGGGGUCUUCUCAUUCGUUUGGUCUCUUUUGUGUUCUUAUUGUUUACCAAAGAACAGUUUACAAAUAAACUCAAGUACUGCUACCAGA